AUGGCUGACAGCGUAGCAACAGUUAGAACAAGAAAGUACAUGACCAACAGACUGCUUAGCAGGAGGCAGAUGGUGGUUGAUGUGCUUCACCCUGGCAGGGCCACUCUCCCUAAGACAGAAAUCAGGGAAAAGCUCGCCAAGUUGUACAAAGUCACCGCUGAUGUUGUCUUUUGCUUUGGGUUCAGGACAAAUUUUGGAGGUGGUAAAACUACUGGAUUUGCAUUGAUUUAUGACACCUUGGACAAGGCCAAGAAGUUUGAGCCUAAAUACAGACUGGCUAGA